AUGUCACUUUUCAGAACAUUACAAUCGUCUCCAGCAACAGUCACUCUUUUCCACAAUAGCAGAAUCCCAUUGUCGAAUGAAUUGUACAAAAUUUUAAACAAGACUUACGAUUCUUUACCAGAAAAGCCGAAGUAUGAUUUUCAGAUUGAUUUGAUGAAGAACCAGAUGCCUACUUAUGAGCAAUACCAAAUUUUUGUCAACAAAUUUCUCAAGACUGAUCAGGCUAAAAAGACAUUGCAUGACAGCUUCCCCUUUUUGAAUGAAAGACUGACUGAUUUGCUUGACUCACAUGGUAAGAAGGUGACCAUCAAGGGAAUUGACUGGUCAAACAAGGUAUUUUCCCAAUCAGAGUAUCAAAAGAUUUACGAUACUUUUAACAAGUUAGUCGAAAAUGAAAACGAUCAUUCAGUCGACACUAACCCAGCUCAAAUUUUUAAAGCUCCUUUAGUCGUUGAUUGGGACCAAGACUUGUUGGCUGGAGACCAAGAGACCUUGAAGGCCUUGUUGGCAAAAUACGUUGAUCAAUAG